CAAAUGUUGCACACUAAGUAUUUCAAGAAGGAAAAAUAUGAAUAUGAAUCAUCAUUUGAUGAAUCAUGGGCUGAUCAUAACUCCUCUUAUGUCAAGAGAAAUGCGAGAUCUUCCUUUAGAGCUCAAGAAGGUUGCCCAGUUACUAACGAAUGAUUUUAUCCAAAGCCAAUCCCUCAGACUCCUGAGCUUUCUAGCGAAAGAAGGAAGUUUGUCAUUUCAGAUAGUUUGAAACAGACUGUUAAUUUUUAAGAAUGAUAAGAAGGGGCCAAACUUCUCAAGAGUUUCCUUUUCUGUAGAUAAAGAUAAUGAUCGCUUUGAAACCCCUGCAGAAGACACUUAUGACCAUAAAGAGAGAUUUAAUCAUGCUAAAGAGAUUUCUGUCAAUGAUAUCUGUGCUGACCCUGAUUACUUAAAGCCUUGCUUGAGAAAUUGAAGAAAGUCAGCCAGGAGAAACUCAUCUUAUCGGAAACCUUAUUGAAAUGAAUUAAAGGAUGAUGUAAUGCAAUUUAGUUUGGAAAGACAUUCUAGAGCCAGUAAUUUUCAGAACUACAGGAGAUCCUGAUCGAUGAAAAGACAUCAAAUAAAUGAUAGCUCUGAUGAUUCCUUUGAAUCGCCUCAUAGAGUCAAUAAUCAGAGAAGAAGCUUUUCUAAAUUAAAGGAGGAUUUCCAUAAAGCAUCAACAGAUAGGAGACGUAGAACACUUAGUAGAUCCAAAGGACAUAUUGAUGAGUUAUUUAAUCAACUAAAUACCAAUGAUGAUAGUUCAUCAGUAGAGAAAGAUAGAGUUAUCAAUGUGUCUCAAGUACCAUCUUAUUCUUACUAUAAUCCUGGGUUGCCACAAAAGAAAGAGGAGAUCAAACUUAAAAGUUACAUGAAUUCUAGCCCUUUUGGAGAAUUCCAAAGAAAUAUAGAUGCUAAUAGAAGGUGAAAGAUCAGGAUAGCAUAUGGAUGUGAUGAAAAGCAACCUGAACAACCUAGAAGGAAAAUUAGACAAAAUAGGAGUAUGUAUAGAGAAGCUCCACAUCAAAUUGAAUUAAAAGUUGAACAUCCAAAAGAGGAAAGACGAAAAAUAAAAAUCUCAAAACCCUUAUCUCCUUCAAAAUUGAAUUACAAUUCUCAGAUCAAACAAAAAGUGAUCCCUGUGAUUAGGAACAUUUCUUCUAGAACAGUCGCACAAAGAUUGGAGCAAGAUCAGAGAUAUAUGAAAUUUCACAGUAAAGAGGAUCAAAUUCAGUACGAUCUUGACCAGAUUAAAAGAGUGAUACACUUAAGUUCCUUCAACCAGUUUCCACCAGAUACAGACCUGUACGAGUCCACUGAGAAUGCUGCUCAUGAACUGAAGAGCUUGAUCGAAGUACUUGAGCAGGAUUACUCCCAGCAUAGAUGGUCAAUAGCAAAUUCCUUGUUCAAAGCAGAAAAGAAGCUCCAGCUCUUACAUGAAGAGUUUAGGUAUAAUUACAGAGUCAAUAGUUAUUUCGAGAAGUUAUAAAAGAAAUACUUAAAUUUAAGAUUGAUCAGCAGAUGAUAUCCAAGUCUGGAGUGACGCUUUUCAAGAGCAUUGAGAAAAAGAAAAUAAAAGCUUCUAUUCAAGAGCCUGACAAACUAAAAGAAGAUGAAAAUUCUAAAUGAAAUGAACAAAAAGAAAGUUCUCCAGAAAAAGAAGAAACUCAAAUUGAAGCUUCCUCUCAACAAACCCCUGCUCCAAUAAAAGCCUCUCCAUCAAAACAAGCUUCUCCUAAGAAAGAAGCUUCUCCUAAGAAAGAAGCUUCUAACUCCUGCCACUCCUCAAACUCAAGCUCAAAAAGCGAUCCUUACGACUCAGACGAAUUUGAAGAGCCUGAAUCCGAAUCAGAAGUCCCAAACCCUAUUCAAGAACCUCUUCCUUCAGACCCUUCUUUUUCUAACUCAGCCACUAAGCCAAACCUUUCUGCCCAAAAGAAUAUGAAACUGAACUUGUCAGUGUCGAAUUUGAGUUCUUUAGGGGUAGACUUUUCAGUGGAGAAUUUGGUGAAUGAGGUGAAUGGGGUGGCUGAAGGAUGGGGAGAGGGUAAGAGCAAAGAUGGCAAGGGUGCGCCUGUGAAUUUACUAGAUGACCAGAGCUGACAAGAAAAUGAAAUUGAUGAAAUCUGAGAAAAUAGGAUCAUGCAAUGUGAAGGAAUUGAAAUUAUAGCGGAAGAAAAGGAAGAAAGUGCGUAUCAGAAGAGUUCUACUGGCUCUGAAACUGGUUCUACUGAUUCUCUUGGAAUGAGAAGCUUAUAAUGAGUC